AAUAUUUCAGUACCAGCUGUUUGCAGGCAUUGGCUACUUUGCAGUGCACUUAAUCAAUAAGAGCCAGAGAAGGCUGCAAGGUUUGUCUCACCAUCCUCCUCCAGCAGAGGAACCGGAGCAGACACAGAGCCUGGCAGGGGAGGCAAGAUCUAACAAGGGCAGGGUUGCUGACUGCAGGACCCCUCCCAAGGAACCGCUUGCUGCUGCCCUGCACCCAGCUGCUACCCUGGGCAGCCAGAAGGAUGGAUGUCUUUAAGAAAGGAUUUUCUAUUGCUAAAGAAGGUGUGGUGGCUGCUGCAGAGAAGACCAAGCAGGGAGUGACAGAGGCUGCGGAGAAGACUAAAGAAGGUGUGAUGUACGUAGGUACCAAAACCAAGGAAGGCGUAGUGCAGAGUGUGACCUCAGUUGCUGAGAAGACCAAGGAGCAGGCCAACGUGGUGGGAGAGGCAGUGGUAGCCAGCGUGAACACGGUGGCCAACAAGACAGUAGAAGGAGCAGAGACCAUCGUGGCCACUACAGGAGUUGUAAAAAAGGAGGACCUGGCUCCGCAGCAGCCGGCGGCUGAGGGAGAGCCAGCUGCACCAGGGAGCACAGAAGGCGGUGGAGAGGGUGAAAAUGAAGGCAAUUAAUCAACUUCUAUCUCAAAAGUUGGAAUCCCAAGAGCAUACAUGAAAAUACUAGCUGACACUGCAGCAGGAACAGCCUGCUCUCAGCACUGUAGUCUUUCACUAGCCUCAUUAACCUUAAUAUACAAUGUAAGUCAGCUCCUGGUUGUAAGGAGAGGGUGACACUGUACUGGGGGUUUCCCCCCGUACAC